AUGUAUUUCGACGGUGCAGUCAAUUCCACCGGACCCGGUAUCGGCACAGUACUAAUAUCCCCUGACGGGCGCUAUUAUCCGGUGGCGGUGAAGGUUAACUUCUCCUGCACCAAUAACGUGGCCGAGUAUGAGGCAUGCAUCCUUGGUCUACAGGCGGCAAUUGAUUUCAAGGUGAAGGAGCUGGAGGUAUUCGGCGAUUCCAUGCUCACAAUCUUCCAGAAGUUGGGGCAGUGGAAGACGAAGGACGCGAAGCUGGUGCUAUGCUGCGGGUAUCUUGAGGAGUUAACAGAGAACUUCGAGAAGAUCUCGUUCACUUAUACACCACGCAUGAAGAAUCAGUUUGCAGACACGCUCGCGACCCUUACUUCCAUGGUGAGCAUCACGAAGGAAAAUCUCAUCGAGCCCCUCGAAAUCGAGAUUGCCAGGAGCCUUGCCCACUGCGACGCAAUCGAGGCAAUCGAUGCAAAGCCGUGGUACGAAGACAUCAAGAACUUCCUGCAAACUAGCCAAUAUCCUCCAUUCGCCGAUCGUCGUGACCGGAAGAAACUCAGGCGACUCGCGAUACACUACUUCCUGAGCGGCGAGACGCUCUAUCGUCGUUCCUUUGACGCUACGCUACUUCAGUGUAUCGAUGAACAUGAAGCACGACGCCUCACGGAGGAAGUGCACAGGGGGAGUUGUGGACCCUACAUGAAUGGGCUCAUGCUCGCUAAGAAGCUUAUGCGCCUAGGCUACUAUUGGUCCACCAUGAAGACUGACUGCGUCAAGGACGUCAGGCACUGUCAUUUGUGCCAGGUCUAUGCCGACCAGAUCAAAGCGCCCCCUAACGAGUUGCAUCCGAAGGCAACCCCAUGA